AUGACUCUCGCCGUCGACCUCCUGAACCCCUCUGCUGAGCAGCAGCAGCGAUCUCACAAGCUCAAGCGUUUGGUACAGAGCCCCAACUCUUACCACAUGGAUGUCAAGUGCCCCGGAUGCUUUGCCAUCACCACUGUGUUCUCGCACGCCCACACCGUCGUUCUGUGCGGAUCCUGCUCUCAGGUGCUCGCUCAACCCACUGGUGGAAAGGCUCGUCUGACUGAGGGAUGCUCGUUCCGAAGGAAGGCAUAG